UCUACACCAACUGAACACUGGACCGCGUACAGUAUUUCUGGGUUGACCCAAGCUAUUGCUCUCAAAACCAAGCUUGACUUUCACAAUUUCACAAUAUUUGAGAAAGGGUCUGAAGUCGGUGGAGUGUGGCGGGCCAACAAAUAUCCUGGAUGCUCGUCGGAUGUCGAGAUUCAUUGGUACAGCUUAUCAACAGACCUCUAUCCAUACUGGAACAAGUCCCAUGGUCUUCAACCGGAGAUUCAAGCCUACUGGAUUGAGCUCUCAAGGAAGUAUAAUCUGUACCCGCACAUCGCAUUCAACACGAAAGUGUUAUCUGCUGAGUGGGAUGAUACCAAACAACAGUAUACUAUCGUCGCGGAAGAUGUUUUUUCAGGCAAGCGGACGACGAGUGUGGCCCACGUCGUGAUAUCUGCCCUUGGUCUUUUGGAGGCCCCAAAGAUGCCAUACGAGAUCCCUGGAGUUGGGAAGUUUCAGGGGGCUUCGUUUCACUCCGCACAGUGGCCAGGCUCAAUAGAUCUGCAGAAUAAGCGUGUUGCGGUGAUUGGAAAUGCCUCUUCCGGAGCACAAUUCAUACCAUCUGUAUCUGAAGAUCCGUCUGUUGAAGUAGUAAACUUCAUCCGCACUCCGACCUGGUUCAAUACUCGACCACAUAUUCCGUACUCGGACACUGCGAAAUGGAUGUUUGCUAACAUCCCCCUGGUGAUGCGACUGCACCGAGCUUGGAUCGUGUUCCGGUCCGUUGCUCCCUUUGACUUACCCAUGGGUGAUAAAGCUCUCCAGAAACAACGUGACGCGAUGACGAGAUACAUUCUCGAUAACAUACCGGAUAGAUACCAUUCUCAUAUGAUACCUGAUCAUCCUCCAGGUUGCAAGCGGAUUGUCGCGGACAGUGGUUUCCUGAAAAGUCUCUACCGCUCUAACGUGACACUGAACUUCGACGGAAUCACCGAGGUAGUGGAGAAUGGCAUCAUCACGAAAACUGGUGAAAUGUUACCAUUUGAUGUCAUUGUAUAUGCGACCGGAUUCAUCGGCGAGCGGUACCCGAUGCACGUUCGUGGCUUGAAUGGAGCCACUGUCCAAGGCUAUUAUGAUGCGCACGGUGGCCCUACUGCAUACCUCGGGGCUGCAAUUCCAGACACACCAAACUUUUACUUGAUCAAUGGACCAAAUACUGGAACACGUGCAUCGGCGGUGUUUAUCGCAGAAAUGCAAGUUGCAUACAUCCUUCGACUCAUAGAACCGGUCCUUACCGGUUCUGCCUCGUCUUUCACCAUCAAAGCCACACCCACAGAUGUAUAUAACGCCGAGCUGCAAGAAGAGCUCUCUCGCUCGGUGCACGUACGCUGUUACUCUUGGACGCGUGCGAAUGGUACAGGCAAGGUAUUCUAUCCGUUUCCUUGGCCUACAACCGUUUGGUGGUGGAUGCUUCGUAGACCGAAUUGGGAUCAUUAUAUGGCACUCGGGGCCAAGAAAUGGGUAUGGGCAAGACGAAUGAAGGCUGUCAAGGAAAUUUUGAAAUGCAGUGCAGUCUUGAUGCUAUUGUGGUCAUAUAUCAGCGGCUCUGCGCAGCGGACAUGGUGGUGAGUCUAUCAUUGUUCUCAAUGCCUAUCGAUAACAUGAUCUCUAUCUUUAGGCAAGCGACUACCACGACUUGCGACUACUUGAGUAAAUUUGCCUUCCGUCUUUGAGGUGCCAUAGGUCUACGAGACACAUCAUAAAUAUAUGAAGUAGAAACUGGUCGGCUUGUCUCCUGAUC